CAGUUUGCAAGCAAAUUCAAAUCAUUGCAGAACAAGGAAAUGAUCAACCAGCUACAUCUGACAAUCUGGGAAGAAGUGACUUUGCGUACGGACUUGCCGCAUUGCUCUUGAACCCUUAUUUAAAACCUCCUAUUACGGUGGGUAUCUCUGGUAGCUGGGGUAUGGGAAAAUCAAGCCUGAUGAUACAGACAGAGGGCAUUUUGUUGAAGACAGCUGCACAACUAGCACUACUGCCAUCUGAAACAACAAGUUCCAGUCUUCCGGGCAUUCAAGUUUUGGAACUAUCAGAAAAGGGUGAAAAGAAAUACCAAGAAAUCAAGGCAACUGUGGACUUACUCCACAAGAGAAAAAAUUCCAAAAAAAAUUAUUUUUGGCUUUCAAGCAUAAGAUCAGUAAAUAUUGGAUGAAUGUAACAAAUAAGAAAAAUCCCACCGAAGAAAAGAAAGGAGACUCACUUUCUAAGUUUUUAAACAAGUACGAGGCUGAACAUCAUCACAUAUUUAAAUCGCUAGCUGCUAUGGAUAGCAGUUACAUGUUCAGAGCAAAAGAUCAGCAAUCACAGUCGAAAGCUGAUUCUCUAAUAGAGGGAAGUGUGCCUGCUAUUUUAACUAUCCGAUACAAUGCAUGGAAAUACAGAAAUGAAUCAGAAGCAUUGGCAGGAAUGGCAGUGGAAAUAACAAAAGAAAUGGAAGGAAUAAUGACAAAUGCUCAAUUGUUGGGCACAUGUUUGAGAAAUACUUGGAGAAAGCAGAAACAGGCUAUCUGGAUUGAAAUUCUUUUUCCAUGUCUCCUUGUCGUUCUAUUAGCAGUCUCAUUUACCUGGAUUGUAUGGCUUCUGCUGGAUAAGUACAAGAUCAAAGAAUCAGUAGAGCUAAAAUAUGCAUCUUUGCCUCUAACUGUUGUCGUUAUGGUAUGGACUCUGGUAAGGAAAGUGAUGAGCACUGUAAAUCCUGUGAGUGUUCAGUUAAUAAAUUAUAUGAAACUUCCAGACCAUACUGAAAAGCUUGGCUAUCAAGAACGGGUAAUAUCUGAUAUCACUUUCUUGAAAGAAGAAAUUCGCAAAAGACCGUAUUUCUUGUGCACUGUUGCUUGCUACAUUUGGCGUUUCAUAACAGGAUCUUGUAUAUCAAUGCUAUCGUCAAAAUACAGUGGAGAGAUAUUGGCCAGUCCAAUACCAAGUGCUAAUCUAAGAACUAUUGUAUUUGUUGAUGAUAUUGACAGGUGUCAAGAAUCUGUCAUUCUUCAGGUUUUAUCGGCUAUUAAUCUUGUAUUAGCUGUCUGCCAAAUCAGUGUCGUUCUAGGAAUGGAUAAGGCCUUGAUCCAACGGGCCAUAAUGAAGAAGCAUGGAGAUAAAUCCUUGAAAAAUAGUAGGCAGUUGGCAGAUAAGUAUUUACAAAAGAUAAUACAACUUACACUAGACCUACCUGACCCCAGUCAAAUCGAAUCAAAAAAGUUUUUACAUCGACACUUGGGAGUGUUCCAAGAAGAAAAUAAGGAAGGUCACUCAGAAUCAGAAACAUAUGUGGAAGAUGAUUCCAUACAAGAAAUACAUGAAGCUUAUUAUAAAGCUUUAUUUACUCAACUUGGAAUUCUAGAUGAAUCGGAUCGUGAUUUUGAACAAUUGCUUGGCUCAGUGAUUCCAGAAGCUAGUGCUUCAGCAGACACAAGACAACCUGUACCAGGAUCACAGAAAGAUGAUACAAAUCAUUUAGCCAUAAGUGUGGGGGGACAUUCAACUGAAACAAAUGCUAGUAGCUCACGACAAACCGGUCCCUUUCAAACCUUACGGCAAAGAAUAGUGAAGGUUGCAGCAGGAAUCCAGUGCAUCAAUCUUUUUAAAACCAGUCGCGUUCAAACGAAUCAUUGGACAGAAGAUCCCGAAGACGUAAAUGAAGCUGGAGGUGACCAGCGUUUGAACGACUUAAUUCCUAUAAGGCAGAUGCUUUUCAUGUCAUACAGUAAAGGGGAGCAAAAUGCGUUUGAUUAUUUUCGAGAAAUGGCUACAGAUAACCGAAAAUUGCCUCGAGAGUGGAAGUGUCUGUUGAACUAUCAUCGAUUGGUGUGGAACAUCAUUUUGAUAAACAAUGAAGCCAGGGAUUUGGAUGGGUGGCAGGUUCAGUUGAUUACAUGGAUAUUUAUAUGUUGGGAGUGGGAGGAAAAUAUAAAUAUCAUUAUACAGAACUGGGACAGGCUUCGCGAUCUCGAAGAAGAUAAAUCUUCACUACGGAUGAUUGUGGAUCAUUUUAUUAAAAAUGAAAGCUUCAGUAUUGCAGAUGAUAAAAAUGAGAAAAAAAGAGAUACAGCUGAAGCCCCAGAGAGUUCUGUAAAGAAAGAUACAGUGCCACAAAAUUUGGAAGGAGAAAAGGAAGAGAAUAGAGUUUCUACGAACAAAGAGAUUCCUGAAAGCAGCAACUUGGAACCCUCCAAAUCGGAAGUUUCUGUAGAUCAGACGAGUGAAGUGACAGAGUCCCAGGAAAAUGUCCUCAAAAAAGAAAUGAUAGACCGAUUGGAUAGAAAUGAGACGCUGCUGGCAGAACUGAAAGAGCAGCUGGAUUCGAUAGUCAACCAACGACAGAUCUGGUGGAUUGAGAACAACGCCCAGGAAAAGAAAUUGAAUUUAGAAAGUUGGGGGAAAUUGAAAUUUGCAUUAGAGAGAUAUGAUGUGUCAAUGGAAGGGAUACAAGCUUUUCAAAGGUUUAGAUUUUACUGUGUGGCUGGGUAUCUCCCAUGGCCACUGCCUGAUAUGAAAAGUGCACAAGUCUUGAAAUGGAAACGUUAAACUAGUGACUUUAGCCGCUAGUAAAUGGUGAUUCAAGCUCAUUUGAUAGCAUUUAAUGGACGAUUUAUUGAUUUUGGUGGACCUUUUUCCCGUUCUCUAAUCUUG